GCAGUUUCUUCAGCCUAGCUACUCUGAUCUUGUCUCUCCAUCAUAUCCUUUAACCUAGUAUAUGUCCCUAUACUGAACUGAUCCUUUUCAUACAUUGAACAGAAAUGGAGGAAGCUAUACUCAAGAGGCUAGGCUGUCUAACCCACGACAGCACUUCUGACAUCCUCGCCCCGCCGCAUCCCCCGUCUUCCAAGAGAUGCGGUGGUCCAGCCGUUAAGCGCCCUCCCUGCAGAGACGGUGCCUCCGGCGGCGGAGUAAAGUACCGCGGCGUGCGCCGCCGACCGUGGGGCCGAUAUGCGGCGGAGAUCAGGGACCCGCUGUCGAAGGAGAGGCGGUGGCUUGGAACCUAUGACACGGCGGAGGAAGCCGCUUGUGCGUAUGACGUGGCGGCUAGGGCCAUGCGUGGGGUUAAAGCCAGGACCAACUUCUUGUUCCCGCCGUGUCCGCCGCCGCUCUCCGCCGUCAACGGGCUUUACCUUCCCAAAUCCCCUCACACCCAUGCAAACGACAGCCGGUUUUUUCAUCCCAUGCUUUCAUCGCUGUCAUCGAACAGUAACCUAAACACCAAUAAUGUUCCUUCUUGUUCGUCUUUCAUUAACCAAAUCUCAGUCGUGCACGGCGGCGGUAAUUCCAUUUCUACCCCUCUGACUUCCUGUUUAGAUACUCCGACCAUGACCCAGAGUUCUCCGGUUGGUUCUGAAGGGCCCACGUGUGGACUUGACUUCUUUAAAUCUCAGCCGUCGGAUUCCGGGCUAUUAGGGGACGUUCUCAAUGGGUUUUUCCCGAAGCCCACGUCCAUGAAAUCUGAGCCGUCCACGUAUGCAACUGACGCCACAUCCAAGGGCUUUGAUGGAGACGGCAACUUUGGGGUAAUCGGUAACGAUCAUUCUUAUCAUCAGGAGGAAGCGUUUGGGUGUUUGGAUGAUGGUUUCGGUUAUCCACCGCCGCCGCCGCCGCCGCAGUUUAAUAUCGGCAACGAGUUUCCGGCGUUGACCGGCGUGCCGGUGUUCCGGUCGGACGACGAGAUUGGAGGCUUUGGUAAUUUUAUUACCAAGCUGUAUAACUACUAUUGAUUGAUUUAAUCGUACUUUUUUUAAUUUGCAAAACCUUUGACAUGUAGUAGCUCUUUGUUUUGUGUGCUAAUGAAAGCAAUGAAUGAAAGGUUUAAGUAUGGAGUAUUUGGGAUUCUUGGAAUUGGAAGUAGUUCUUAACCAUUUCCUUGUACUUUGUAAUGAAUAUCAUUAUGUCCUCUCUUGGGAUUUAAU